UUGACAUUGUUGACAGAUAAUCAGAAACGUUUUGUUAUUAAUCAAAAAUAUCACAAAUUUAAACCAGUUUUCGUAUAAUUUCAUGCCCUGCGUCCAAGUUAUAACCGAUCCUAUGAACCGAAUGUAAAAAGCGAGCUUGAAUGAAUAACAAUAAUCGUACAUCUGUUUAUGUAAGUCCGAAUAGAAUGGACAUCUGAAGUGGAGCAAGAACUUAAAAUGUAAACAGGAUUUACACAUUACGCAGUUGCUUACGGAAUAAUAAACAAGUAUCACUUGUUAGAAGGACUCGGACUGUGCGACUUACCAAAGAUUAUAACUAUUAUGUUUACAAAAGGUGCAUUUACCCUGAUAUGGCAGAAGAUUGUUCAAAACCCUAUCAAAAACAAUACGACUACUUCUUAAAGUUUAUACUAGUCGGAGACAGCGAUGUAGGCAAACACGAGAUUUUAUCCAAUUUUGAUGAAGGGGAGUACAACCCAUUCUGUGGACAUGGAGCACAUAAAACGACCACGAUUCUCCUCGACGGCAAACGGGUGAAGUUGCAGUUAUGGGAGGCGUCGGGCCAGGGACGUUUUUGCACCAUAAUCCGGUCAUAUUCACGAGGGGCUCAGGGAGUUUUCCUCGUCUAUGACAUUACGAAUCGCUGGUCGUUCGACGGAUUAGACCGGUGGCUUAAGGAGGUCGACGAACACACUCCCGGUGUACCCAAGGUGCUUGUUGGCAACAGACUGCAUUUGGCAUUCAACAGAAAAGUUGGUCAAAGGGAUGCGGAGACCUACGCGAACAAACACAACAUGGCGUUUUUCGAAGUGUCCCCGUUGUGUAACUUCAACAUACACGAAAGUUUCUGCGAACUGUCCCGCAUGGCCUUGCAGCGUAACGGAUUGGAAAGACUGUGGAGAUCUAACAAAGUACUGAGCCUGCAGGAGUUAUGCUGCAGGGCGAUCGUGGCCCGAACGACGGUGUACAGUAUCGAGCAGCUGCCAUUGCCGACUUUCGUGAAGCGGCAUCUGAAGUCGUACGCGCUGGCGUCACCACCCGCACCGCCGCUACGCUACACGCACAGUCUGAAGAAGAAGGGAAGAGGCGGCUGUAAGUUUCCGUUCCGGAGCACGCCCACCACGCCUGCUGCCAUCGCGGACGGGCGCAGCAGCUGCGUGCCCCGCAAUUCUUGCUCGAUUUCGUGAUGGGUGCGCAUGAAACUUGAAUGGUAUUGGUGAUAAGGAAAUUACUUGCCCAGUUCAAGAACGCUAUGGACAGAUGUUUUUAGUUUCGUUUUUGGUUGUGUUCAGUAGUGCGGGAAAACUAAAAUUUUCAAAUGAAAUACGCAAAACAAUCAGGGUCCAGCAUUUAUAACAAGAAAAAAAAAAAAAAAAAAUAAAAACGACAAA